CCUCUGCACUGCGUUUGCGUAGUGUGAUUUAAAUUUUAUCAUUGGCUCUGUGGACACACACAGACUUUGGUUUUGGCUGUGUGCCAAGCGCCGUCUCUAAAUCUACGCUGUAGUUCGUCCCUCGUACAACAUCUGCCCUGACAAGGCAACGCGGAACAUAAAGACCGAUAUCAAGGCUGCAGAGACACCGACAUCUCUCGAUUGGACAAGCUUGAUGGAGCAGGAAAACAUGGAAGCCCCUACCGCCAUGGAGACCAGAUUUGAGGAGCCUCAAGACGUUGAGAAGGAGCCCAAAGUCAACAAGAUGCUGACCCUGGGAACCAGAACCCUCUCCAUGGGCAAGGAUCCUACUUGGGGAAUGAGGGGACUCAUCAAGUUUAUUGGCGUAAUGAUUGGCCUAUCAACCUCCAUGAAUUUGAAUUUUGUCUUUUUAUUGGCCCUAAUGGCACCGAUACUCAUCAAGAUGGACGCAUUCCUGCACAUUUUUGUGUUCAUCUUCUUUUUCUUUAUGCUAAUUCCCGUUGUAAUUUUGCUCUUUUACACACCAAUGAUCACAUGGUUGACGUCUCUGGGCUUAAUUCUUCAAGGAUCGACCUAUCUCUUGCUCUUGCUAGUAACAUACACGGCUUCGGAGUCCACUGGAAAGGCACUCUACUUUGCUGUGGGAGGAUUUUUGGGAUUUUUUAGUGGAUUGACGCUGAUUACAAGUAAUUGUCUUGUCUCAUGCUCCCCUCUUGAGCAUCAUACUUACAUUAACUUUGGAAGCAGUUUGGGAGGAUGCUUGCCACUUUUGUUUGUGUUCCUAUUCAAGUCUCUGCUCAAUGUCAGAAGGAUACCAAUUGAGACGUACGACGAAAUUUUGUUGACUUACGCAACAGUUGCCUCUAUUGUGGGAGCAUUUUCCAUUCUCUCUGGAAUACUCUCCAUCAUAUAUCUAAGGUUGCAGUACAUCAAGGACCACUUUAAAACUCUUGUUGACACAUUUAAUCCAAAGGUCACGUUCGGAGCUGCACUAGAGGUGGCAAAGAAGCACUGGGCUGUCUCUAUUAUGGUUGUUUUGAAUGUGCUUGUGAGGUACCUUGUUUAUCCUUCCAUAAUACCAAAUUUGGUCACCGCCUCUGUGGAGACCAAGCUCUACAUGAUUGCGAUUAUGCCUCUGAUUGACACUGUAACUAGGCUAUCUGUUAUUGUAAUCAACGCCAGGUUCAUGGCUGAACGGGUACGCUCCUUCUUUUGGCUUACAGUUGUGAACAUCCUUCCCAUUGUAUACUUUUUCUUCUCCCCCAAGUACAAGAAGCAUACCUUCCUGUUCAACCCUGGGUACAAUGUUGGCAUUUUGGUCUUUUUCGCGCUGCUAAACACACACGUUGUCAUACUCGGACGCAAACUCUUUUUGGAAGGCGAGAAGAAGGAAACUGCCAUUGAGGACUGCAAGGCCCAGAUAUCCGCCUUUGGCGUUAUUUCUGCUCUGGAAUGCUCCGCAGCUGCCGGAGGAGCGCUUCUUUCCUCAAUUAUUGUAGGCUACCUCUACUAG